GCCCCCUCCCUCGCUUCUCACCCCGUCACACCUCCCGCUUCUCCCUUUUUCUCUCCCAGUCUGGUUCUUCUGUUGUCCGACUCGCCUCGCUAAGGGGCUGGGGGAGGGAUCUCGCGAUUGUUGGACUUUUUUUUAGAGAGAGUUAUUGGAAGAUGGCGCCCGUUGUGACGGGGAAGUUUGGUGAGCGACCUCAACCUCAGCGUUUGACAAGGGAGGCUAUGAGGAACUACUUAAAAGACAAAGACGAUCAAACGGUCCUCAUUCUACACGCUAAGGUUGCACAGAAGUCCUACGGGAAUGAAAAAAGGUUUUUUUGCCCUCCGCCAUGUGUGUAUCUGAUGGGGAGUGGCUGGCAGAAGAAGCUGGAGAGUAUGGAGAGGGAAGGGUGCACGGAACAAGAGGCCCAGCCCUGCGCCUUUAUUGGAAUUGGCAACAGCGAACAGGAGAUGCAACAACUCAAUCUUGAGGGCAAGCACUUCUGCACCGCUAAGACGCUGUACAUCAGCGACUCGGACAAGCGCAAACACUUUAUGCUGUCGGUGCAGAUGUUCUACGGCAACAGCGCCGACAUCGGAGUCUUCCUCAGCAAGCGCAUCAAGGUGAUCUCCAAGCCCUCCAAGAAGAAGCAGUCUCUUAAGAACGCUGACUGUAAGUGGAGAACAACAUUGUGUAUAGCGUCAGGGACCAAGGUGGCAUUGUUCAACCGCCUGCGCUCCCAGACGGUCAGCACCAGGUACCUGCACGUGGAGGGGGGAAACUUCCACGCCAGCUCCCAGCAAUGGGGGGCCUUCUACAUCCACCUCUUGGAUGAUGAGGAGUCUGAAGGAGAGGAGUUUGCGGUCCGGGACGGCUACAUCCACUAUGGUCAGACGGUCAAACUGGUGUGCUCUGUGACUGGCAUGGCGCUGCCUAGACUGGUCAUCCGUAAAGUGGACAAACAAACGGCCCUAAUGGACGCCGACGACCCCGUGUCCCAGCUCCACAAGUGUGCCUUCUACCUGAAAGACACGGACAGGAUGUACCUCUGCCUGUCCCAGGAACGGAUCAUCCAGUUCCAGGCUACGCCAUGUCCCAAAGAGUCUAACAAAGAGAUGAUCAACGACGGGGCGUCCUGGACCAUCAUCAGCACAGACAAGGCCGAGUACACCUUCUAUGAGGGCAUGGGCCCCGUGCCCAAGCCCGUCACCCCCGUCCCCGUGGUGGACAGCCUGCAGUUGAACGGAGGCGGCGAUGUGGCCAUGCUGGAGCUAACGGGACAGAACUUCACCCCUGACCUCCGAGUGUGGUUUGGAGAUGUGGAGGCAGACACCAUGUACAGGUGCGGCGAGAGCGUGCUGUGCGUGGUGCCCGACAUCUCGGCCUUCCGCGAGGGUUGGCGCUGGGUGCGGCAGCCCGUGCAGGUGCCCGUCACGCUGGUGCGCAACGACGGCAUCAUCUACGCAACGGCCCUCACCUUCACCUACACGCCGGAGCCGGGCCCCCGGCCCCACUGCAGCGCGGCGGGGGCCAUCCUGCGCACCCACAGCACCUCCUCCUCCUCGCCGCUCUCCUCCUCCUCCCCCUCCUCCUCCUCCUCGCUGGGGGGCGUGGGCGAGGCCCAGGGGGCGUACCCCACCAGCGACUCUGCCGCCAGCAUGGCGUCGGCCAUGUCCGUGCUGUCAUAGUAGCGGUGUGUGUGUGUGUGUGUGUGUGUGUGUGUGUGUGUGUGUGUGUGUGUGUGUGUGUGUGUGUGUGUGUGUGUGUGUGUGUGUGUGUGUGUGUGUGUGUGUGUGUGUGUGUGUGUGUGUGUGUGUGUGGCGGCGAGUGCGUGUUUCCCAAAGGAGGCGCAUGGACCCCGGGCAGAACAGCACGCCAAGCCACAAACUGAAUCAAGAGAGCAACUGUCCUCCGUGGAAAUGGACAAUGGUUUUUCCUCUUUUAAAAGACACAGACUUUGGGUGGGGUGGAGAGGUGGGGUGUAAUAUCUUUUAUUUUUUUACUCCCCACUCACUCCUCUUUAGCCCCCUCUUGUGGACAGUUGUGGAUUGAGAACGAGUCCCAGUCUGAGGAUUGUACGGUAUAAAUCAACAGCGGGGAUGCACACGACUCCCCCCUGCCACCGACACAGACAGUCACUGAAGCCUUUCAUGUCAAAGAACUCUUGUUUGUUUUUGUAGCUGUGGUUUUGUAGGAGGUCUUCCCCAUGCUUACUUUAUACUAGUGUCAAGUGUGUCUUUGGUUUUUGUACUGAAGAGCUUGGCGCCGGUGUGCACGGGAGCGGCUGUGGGGCUGGGGGAACUCAUUGGGAGGGUUUUUCUUAUGGUAACAUAGUUUUUACGGACCAAGGAAUAUUAUAUUAUUUUAUUCGUAUUAUAUUUUAUAAGCUUUAGUUGAGGUACAUUUUCACUUUUUUUUUUUUUUUUGUAUGAUAUCGCAUUAAGUUCACAUUUGUUACCAAAACGAAUAGGUCUUUGGACGGCUAACUUGAGUGAGAUGGCGAGGGCCGGGUGGCGAAGGGGGACCCCCCCGGUUUGCUACUCAUGUUCAUUGGAGCUGGAAACUCAAUCCUAGUAGCCAUUUCAAUAACCUUCCAAUAAUGUAAACAAAGUACUAGUACAAAAUACUCAAUGCCUAGUCUUUAGGAAGAAACGGUAGAGCGCUCCCCGACAUUCUGCUUCCUUAGAUCUUCCACAACGCUCGCCUUUUCUGAUCAGGACUAUUUUGUGUGUGUGUGUGUGUGUGUGUGUGUGUGUGUGUGUGUGUGUGUGUGUGUGUGUGUGUGUGUGUGUGUGUGUGUGUGUGUGUGUGUGUGUGUGUGUGUGUGUGUGUGUGUGUGUGUGUGUGUGUGUGUGUGUGUGUGACGUUAAAUUCUAACGCACGAGUAGUGUGCUGCUCCCACAUGAGGCCUUUGAUUUCCAACUAGUCCGAUUUUUUUUUUUUCAGAAUGCUCCAACUUAAAGUUGACUUAGUUCCUUUGUAACUAGUAGCCCUGUGACCCCCUCCCCCACAGAACACCCCAACAAAAAGCGUUUCAGCCUUAGAGGCUGGUAAUGAGAACUAAUACAUUGUGUAAAUAAUUUGAGUUUAAACUCUGUUUUUAUAUGAUCUAGUGCCCAGCGCUUUGCUGGGGAACUUUAGAAGGGGCCUUGGGUUCCCAUUGGGGGGCAAAAGUACUGAACAGCUUUAACACCACUCCUGCCUUGUAGCACAGACUGCUCCUCUUGCCCACCAUUGAACUGCUGCUGUUGAUGCUCAACACCAUGUGGAUUUUGAAAACAAGCAAUUUCCUACGAAGAUAGUGUUUUCUACAAUCAAAUCGGAUCACCUUUCGGUGUUUGGAUCUCUCCUGCGGUCCACUACAACAAUCUUCUGUGUUCCCCAGAUGUUAUGUUGCUUUUCAUAUCCUGUGUUCAUUGUGCAUAUCAAUUUUGGUUGAGCCAAUGAGACCCCCCCCCCCCCCCCACACACACUUUCCUCCUUCCCGUUGUUGUUUAGAUCACAUUAAAACCAAACCACUACCUGUAUGGUCCAGCCUCUGCCCUCUCUGUGUAGGCCUCCUUGGUUAAGCUAGGGGCUCUGUCUCCCAGCUCUACGGUAAAGGCAGCGGAGCUUCUCUGUCCCCAACACUGUUAGAUGGAUGGGUGGGUGGUAAGCUCCUAACCUGUGUUUUUUUGGUGCUGUAAUACAUAUUAAAAAGGAUAGACACUUGUUGCUACAGGGAACUGUCUGAUACGCCAUCACUGCUCACUUACGGAAUAAUCUGCCUGGUUUAGUUUCUGUCCGUCUUUCCUAGUACCGGUCAAUCACAAACUGCAGAACUAAACUUUCCCUCUUUUAUGCAUUGGAAGGAGGCCCUCUCUGGUAGUUUAACCUUGUUUGGUAGGUUAAGUUGUAUCGUACAAUACACUCAUUUUUAUAAAGGUUUGAAAGUAUUCCAAAAAACAGCCUGAACGCCUCAUUGCCCAAUUUAAAUUCUCCCAACGGCGUCUUGUUUGGGUUGUUUUCCCCGUGCAGCAAUAGGGCGAGCUAUUUAUUAUAACUUGGACUAAUCAAGACGACUAAAAGCAGGCUAGUUUCUGGGCUUGCUCCUUUCAUCAUCUUCCUCGUGUAUGAUUCUUUCUCUAUCUGCCCCUCCAUUUUGUCAAUGCCUCUGUCUCUUUGUAAAUCCCUCUAAGGAGAAUCACUGCCAGUGUUCCUCAGCGAAAGGUCAUUAAUAAAAAAGAAGUUGAAUUUAGUUAUUUGUUUUACUUCAUUUUGAAUUGUUGGGUGUCUUACUUACAAGGACACCAGGGAAUAUAUUCCUAUUGAUACUGUCCAGGACUGUCCGAUUAUAUAACUGUACAGGAUGUGAUUGUGAUGACAGUCUGAACUCCUAAAUAAAUCUAGUGUCAUGCUCUUGUGC